AUGAAAUUAUUUCUUUUCAUCUUCGUGCUGAUAGCCUUCUUCUUAUCAUCAAAGGCUCACGCUGCAUCUUCCCGAUAUGAAAUUACCACUCUCCCACUCUUGCAAGGCAAACUUACUGAAAAGCAAUAUACUGGAUUUGUGGACAUUCCGAGCGCUACACAACCACAAAAGAAAUUGUUUUAUUGGUUUGUAACUGCCAAGAAAGAACCUCUCCGAUCUCCAGUGGUGUUAUGGAUGACAGGAGGACCAGGAUGUUCUGGAUUGUUGGCAUACAUGACCGAGCAUGGACCCUAUCAACUCAAUCAAGCUGGGAAUAUGCUUAUUGAGAAUCCAUAUUCAUGGAAUCAACAUGCAAAUAUUAUUUAUUUGGAACAACCUUAUGGAGUUGGAUACAGUACUGCAAAUCCUGUCAAUUCCACAAAUUAUCCUUCAGGUGACAAGGAAAGCGCAAGAGAUAAUUUGAGUUUCAUUGUUUCCUUUUUAUUUGAACUCUUUCCUGAAUUUUCCAAAAACGCAUUCUUUGUGAGUGGUGAAAGUUAUGGUGGCAAUUAUGUUCCACUUUUAGUUCGAGAAAUUUUGAAAUACAAUGCCAAUCAAACAUUGUUGUCAAGAAAGAUUGCACUCAAAGGCCUCAGUGUUGGUAAUCCAACAAUGGAUGGAAAUUUAGAUGCUAAUGGUUACUUCCCUUUCAUGUAUAAUCAUGCAUUGGUUGGAAGUGAAGAAUUUUUGCAAUAUCAAAAAGAUUGUCCAAAUUUCCUCACACCUUCUCAAAAGUGCCAAGACAUUAUCAAUAUCAUGAGAAAUAAUAUUGGUCCAAUUAAUCCAUAUAAUAUCUAUGCCAAGUGUUUGGGAAAGCCAUCGAUUGGUGGAGCCUGUUUCACUCAUCAAAUGGUCUACUCUUCACAACUCAAGAAGAGAGUACCACGACGAGUGAUGGAUUCUCAAACGUAUAUUCCUUGCAUUAAUGUGACUACAACUACAAAUUAUUUCAACAGAAGAGAUGUUCAAUUAGCCCUUCACGCAAUUGGAGUGAGUGAGAAUACAAAGGAGUGGGAUGUCUGUUCGCCUUAUCUUCAAUACAAUGAUAUUGUAGAUUCCAUGAUUCCAGUUUAUCAAGAUAUUUAUCAAUUGAAUCCCUCUUUACUUACAUUAAUUUAUUCAGGAGAUGUGGAUAGUUGUUGUCCUUAUCCUUCUACUGAGCUUGCUGUCAUGAAAUUUGGAUUUUCCAUUUCCAUUCCGUAUCAUCCUUAUUAUUUGGAUAAACAAGUUGUGGGAUAUAUUAAGGGAUAUAAUUCUGAGAAAAACAUUUACUUUGCGACAGUAAAGAACGCCGGACACAUGGUACCAACGUAUCAACCUGAAGUUGCCUUAAUGUUGUUCAAUGCCUUUUUAACAAGCAGCUUGUCGACACUCUAA